AUGGAGAAACGUAAAUCGGCCGGACUGCUGACCUUGCCGUACCCCCUCCACCCGGGGCCCCUGGGCCUGCCCGAGACCCUGCCCCGCCUCGCUCUGAGGGACCCCUUCAGGGUCUCCUGGCAUCUGGACGCCGCGUGCUGCGCCCCGAGACGGCCCUACCUGCCCCUGCCGCUGGACGGCGCCUUCGAGCCCGCCUUCCUCCGCAAGCGCAACGAGCGCGAGCGGCAGCGGGUGCGCUGCGUGAACGAGGGCUACGCGCGCCUCCGAGACCACCUGCCCCGGGAGCUGGCGGGCAAGCGCCUGAGCAAGGUGGAGACGCUCCGCGCCGCCAUCGGCUACAUCAAGCACCUGCAGGAGCUGCUGGAGCGCCACGCGCGGGGCCAGGAGGGCCCGGCCGGCCCCCCGCGCAGGUCUGAGUGCAACAGCGACGGCGAGUCCAAGGCCUCGUCCGCGCCUUCGCCCUGCAGCGAGCCCGAGGAGGGGGGCAGCUAGCGAGCCCGGGACCCCCGCCCGGACCCCGGCGCCCGCGGCACCGCGCGCCUUUGCCGCCUGGUCUAAGGUUUAUCUCCGAAGGUGGUUGCGUUUUUAAUCUGGUUUCUCCUCCAGGAAAAAAAAAAAAAAAAUCUUAGAAAAAAAGAAAUGAGUGCUUUAAAGGGAAAAAGAUAUUCUGACAUUCUGGUUGGAUGCCCUCCUCCCCCUUUUACUGGCUUUGUGCCUCCCACGUCAAGGUGCUUGCUGAAGGAAACUUCUGUACUUCUCACGUGCAGACGGUACCAGAUUCGGAGCCCCUCAUUCUGGAAACCCAGAGGGCAGUAACAGUGGGGGUUUCCCUCCGACAUUGGUGUGGGGCAAUCAUGUACGUAGAUAUUGCAACAAAUCCAACCUUAACCAAGGAAGAACUUUCCAAAAGUAAAUAAAUAAAGGACCGUUCUUAAGA